AUGUUUGCCAGCGUAGCUACUAGCGCUCUGCUUCUGUGGUCGUCGGCCACGGCGGCCCUUACUUAUAGGGGUGUCGACUGGUCGUCGACCUUGGUUGAAGAACGGGCUGGUAUCAAGUACACCAAUGGCGGCUCGGCUCAGCCUCUUGAACAGAUCCUCAAAGCGAACGGCGUCAACUCGGUCCGACAGCGCAUUUGGGUCAACCCUUCCAAUGGCGACUACAACCUCGACUACAAUCUCAACCUUGCCAAGCGGGCCAAAGCUCAGGGACUCAGCGUCUAUCUGACGCUUCACUUCAGCGACACAUGGGCCGACCCCGCUCACCAGGCCAUCCCUAGUGGUUGGCCUUCUGGUAUCGACGAUCUCUCAUGGAGGCUCUACAACUACACCAAGGAGGUCUCCAACGCCUUCCAGAAAGCUGGUGUGCCCCCGGCCAUCAUCUCCAUCGGCAACGAGAUCACCUCUGGGCUGCUGUUCCCAACCGGAAAGACCUCCAACUUCUACAACGUCGCACGCCUCCUCAGCUCCGCCUCUUGGGGCAUUAAAGACUCAACCCUCAGCCCCAAACCCAAAAUCAUGAUCCACCUCGACCGUGCCUGGGACUGGAACGUUCAGGAGUACUUCUACACUCAGGUCCUUGCCGCCGGACCCCUUGCCGUUGGUGACUUUGAUCAGAUGGGCGUCUCGUAUUACCCCUUCUACGGGAGUGGUGCCACACUCUCGGCGCUGCGAACCACACUGAACAACAUGGCCAGCAAGUGGGGCAAGGAAAUCGUCGUGGCCGAGCUGAACUGGCCGACGUCUUGCCCGUCGCCGGCGCAGCCUUUCCCGAGUGACCUGAGGGACAUCCCUUUCUCGGCCCAAGGUCAGACGACCUUCAUCCAACGGGUUGCUGACGUCGUGAGCAAAGUCAACAAGGGCAAGGGUCUCUACUACUGGGAACCUGCUUGGAUGAACAAUCAGGCGCUGGGGUCUUCUUGUCCAUCGAACACGCUAUUCUCGUGGCCUGGAAAUGCGCUGUCGAGCUUGUCCGUCUUUAAGAGCAUUUGA